AUGGGGAUCCCCAACCUUCUCCGCUUCCUGAAGCCGUUCAUCGAGCCUGUGCACAUCAAGAAGUACGCCGGCAAACGGGUCGGCAUCGAUGCGUACUCCUGGCUUCACAAAGGAGCCUAUUCUUGCAGUAUGGAGUUAUGUAUGGACCCUAAAAGCGCCGCAGCCAGGCGAUACAUCAGCUACUUCAUGCACCACAUCAACCUCCUGCGGCAUUACAAGGUUAUUCCCGUCGUCGUCUUUGACGGGGGCAGCAUGCCUUGCAAGGCGGCCACUGAUAACGAGCGGCAGAGGAAGAGGGAACUCAGUUUAAACAUGGCGAAAGAAAAGCUUGAGCAAGGAAAUACAGCUGCUGCCAUUGACUUUUUCCGGAAAGCUGUGCACAUUACUCCAUUGAUGGCUUAUCGUCUAGUUCAGAUUUUAUGGUCAGAAAAUGUAGAAUUUGUGGUUGCUCCAUAUGAAGCUGAUGCCCAGUUGGCAUAUCUAACUACUAUUGAUGCUGAUCAAGGGGCCAUAUCUGCCGUAGUUACAGAAGAUAGCGACUUGAUAGCCUAUUGUUGCCCAGCUAUUAUAUUUAAAAUGGAUCGGUUUGGGAAUGGUGAAGAAUUCACAAUGGAGAGAACUCUGAAGACAGAGAAAGAUGGUCUUUCCUUCCAGGAUUUUGAUAAAAAACUUUUUACAGGUGUCGGCAUUCUUUCACCACAGGUUUAUCGAUGUGUUACACUACACUAUUGUUAG